ACUGCUUUAGGAUUUGCUUGCAGAACGAGAAGGCUCAUCUCGGUUCACACAAAGCAUUCGAUCACUCCUUAUCCAAACGCUGCAUUUCGGUCGAUCUUUAGGUUCAAGAAAUCAGAAGAGUUGAGUAAACAAAGAGGAAGUUAUGGCUGCAGCCUCAUUGUUGUGUCUCUGUGACACAAAUUUAAUCCAUAGUUCAAGAAAAGAGAGUCCAUGGCACCCAAAAUUAUUUCCAGGUGUUGGCCAUAAAAUCCUGGACCUAUCAGUCACCAGAAAAAGAAACAGAACCCAUCCUGGACGCCAAAAGGGAAAUUUAUCUCAUAAGUUUUCUGUGUCGGCCACAACUGAAGGCUCUGCCAAGUCAAACAAGUCUGAAGAAACAAUCCCCUCUUGGGCUCGGCCAGAUUCAAGUGAACCCCCUCCUUGGGCUCAGGAUGAAGGCAUGGGGAAUGAAUCAGAAAAGAGUUUUGAGAUUCCCUUCUAUGUGUACUUACUUACCUCUGCAGUGACUGCAAUUGCUGCGAUAGGUUCUAUUUUUGAGUACGCAAAUAAAAGGCCUGUUUUCGGGGUUUUGAGCUCAGACAGUAUUUUCUAUGCUCCAUUGCUGGGAUUCUUUGUAUUUACUGGCAUCCCUACUUCUGUGAGUUGUUCCAAUCUUCUUUCCCUCUUUCAAUUUUCAUACUUUUGUUUCUUGCAUGCAGAAAACUCAGGUAGUGAAGAAAAAAGAUGUCUCCAUAAUCUUGGUUCUUGAAUGGAUUUACUUUACCUUGGACAAUGAUUCUAACACAUUUAUUCCUUUGAGAUUUGAAAACUUCAAUGGCUAUGAGCAGAAAGGGUCCAUUAUUUGAACAAUUAAGAUAAUUCAAUCAGCAUCAGGCUUUUAUAAAUGAAUCACUCUCCAAAUUGAUUUCAAAACAUAAAUAUCCGAAGUCAGAGGGGAUACUACAUGUUAAAGUCCAUUCUAUUUUCUUUUUAGCUAACCAGAAUUACCAAUGCAGGCAUUCCUGUGGUUCAAAUCUGUUCAAACAGCUAACAAGGAAGCUGAGGAACAAGACAAGAGGGAUGGCUAUUUUUAGAGUCAAAUUUGUGGUGUAAGCUGCCAUAUAGAAUCAUCCCUUACACAAACAGGAAUGCAUAUUUUAAAAAUAUUUAAAGGCAUCAUGUCUAGCUUUCAGCUCGAUUCUAUCAUACUUGUAUUAUAUGUUAUACUAACAAUUAGUGUUGCAUCUGUAAAUCAUGAAUUGGCCCGAGAUUCGGCUUUUACCUUUCAUGCAUUGGAUUGGGAAUAUAUUCAUAAAAUGCCUCAGAAUGAAAUGACCAUGGUUGUGCUUGUUUCUA